CAUUCUAUAGGUUUUGUUUACAGCACUCGGGUGAAAAAAUGGCGCCCAAGGGAAAGAAAACCAAUAGCCCUACUAGCGACAGCGACGAGGACGAAACCUUCUAUUACCGGUAUCCCUCCGCCCCCUCUUCUGACCCGUCGCUGCCGUCGUCUUCACAGUCGCACUUCUCAUCGCAAUCGCACUCACACUCACACUCUUCCACUAAGUCUGGCGGUGGUUCUGGAGGUUUGGUUCCUUCGAAGUCUACUCUCUAUGUUUCCAAUUUCGACUAUUCACUCACUAAUUCCGACCUCCACACUCUCUUCUCCAACUUUGGUAAGAUCGCUCGUGUUACGGUGUUGAAAGAUCGACAGACUCGCAAGUCUCGCGGCGUUGCCUUCGUCCAGUUUAUUUCUCAGGACGACGCGGUGAAGGCCGCGAAACAGAUGCACGGGAAGAUUUUGAAUGGCCGUGUUCUUAAGGCUGCUAUAGCGACUGAUAAUGGUCGUGCCGCUGAGUUUAUAAGGAAGAGGGUUUAUAAGGAUAAGAGUAGGUGCUACGAGUGCGGCGCAAUUGAUGGGCAUUUGUCUUAUGAAUGCCCUAAAAAUCAAUUGGGGCCAAGGGAGCGACCAGAACCGAAGCGGGUAAGAAGGGGUGGAGUUGGUGCUAGGCACGAGGAGGAUUGGGGAUCGGAUGUUGGAGAAGGGUUUGAGGAUGACAAUUGGGCCUCGGUGGUGGACGGAGAUGCAGACCAGAGACUCCUGACUGGCGGUGAGAACAUUGUAGAGAAGAAAAAAGAGAAGAAAGCAAGUUAUUUCAGUGACGAGAGCGACGAAGAUGAUUAACUGAGCCUGUCUCUUUGGGAAGAGUUUGUAAAAGGCUACAUUAAGAUAUAUCAAGGUUGGAGACCAAAGUUGAGAGGCUAAAGUCGGUAGUACAAGUUAAAGAUAGGGAGAUUGCAACAGUUACACGAAUAGAAGCCAAAGCAAGUAAGAACUCAACAAAUACAUGAGAUGAAGAAGAAAGAAAAGGAGUACAUCAAAUUGCAGGUGAGAACCUACAGGGUAUAGGAAUACCUACA